AUGCAAGCAAUAACAUUCCAACAACCAUUCAAAGUAUUAAUAAAAACAGUGCCUAUUCCCGAAAUUUUACAAGAUACUGAUGUUAUUGUAAAGACUUGUGUUAGUGGAUUAUGCGGAUCUGAUUUACAUGGAAAUGAAGUUGGAAUUGAUAAAGAUACAGUAAUGGGACAUGAAUUUAUGGGGAUUGUGAGUGAAGUUGGAAGUGAUGUUAAAGAUCUUAAAGUUGGUGAUAGAGUUUUAUCGCCUUUUACAAUUUGCUGCGGGGAGUGCUUUUAUUGUUGCCGUGGUAUGACAUGUAGAUGCGAGAAAGGCCACUUAUUUGGAUGGGUAGAAAAUGGACACGGGAUUCAUGGGGGACAGGCAGAAUACGUUCGCGUUCCAUUAGCGUCUUCAACUCUCGUCAAGAUUCCUGAAGGAAUAACGGAUAAAACAGCGUUAUUGCUUGGUGAUGUAAUGUCUACCGGUUAUUUUUGUGCAGAAAAUGGGUUGAAUGGAUUGAAAUCUCAAUUAUCAUAUUUAAAACAAUACAAGUUUGAAGAUCAAAAUAAAGAAGAGUUUGAUAAUAUUGUGAUGGUAGUUGUUGGGUGUGGACCAGUUGGAUUGAUGUCGAUUGUGGCAGCAAUUUAUUUGGGAGUCAAAAAUUUAUUCUCGAUUGACAGUAUUCAAGAAAGACUAGAAAUUGCAAAAGAUUUUGGAGCGAUACCAAUUCAUUUAAUUGAAGAGAAUCCAAUCGAAAAAAUUAAAGAAAUUACCGACGGAAGAGGUGCAGAUAUUGUUCUUGAGGCGGUAGGAAAUACAUCAGCACUUGAAUUAGCAUUUAAAUUGAUCAGGCCUGCGGGAGUACUAUCGAGCGUUGGAAUGAAUUAUUCAAAUACGUUUCCUUUUAAACCUAAAGAAGGCUACGACAAAAACGUAACAUACAUAUCCGGCCGUUGUCCGGUCCGUCAAAUAUUAGCAAAAACCAUUCCAUUUGCACUAUCUAAAAAAUUUAAUUUUGAAAAAAUUAUUACACACGAAAUGAAAUUAUGUGAUGGAGAAAAAGCUUAUGAAAUUUUUGAGAAAAAAUUAGAUAGAUGUGUUAAA